AUGGGGCUGUACAGAAUCGGGGGGGUCAACUCCAAAGUGCAGAAGCUGAUGACCACAGUCUUCUCAUCCAAAGCUCCGGUGGACAUGGACCUGGAUCCGGAAAUGUGGGACAACAAAACAAUCACCAGUGGUUUGAAGAAUUACCUCAGGUGUCUCUCUGAGCCUCUCAUGACCUUCAAGCUGCACAAAGAUUUCAUCAUGGCUGUCAAGUCAGACGACCAGAACUACCGUGUGUGUGCCGUCCACGCUUUGGUCCAUAAACUGCCUGAGAGGAACAGGGAAAUGCUGGAGCUGCUAAUAAAACACCUUGUGGUGGUUUCUGCCCAGAACCAGUCCAACCUGAUGACUGUGUCUAACCUGGGCGUGAUCUUCGGCCCGACUCUGAUGCGCUCUCAGGAGGAAACGGUGGCGGCCAUGAUGAACAUCAAGUUCCAGAACAUCGUGGUGGAAAUCCUCAUUGAGAACUUCAACAAGGUGAAACCCCAAAUACAUGUAUAUAAGUAUUAG